ACUGACCGGAAUAACAAGCCAAUUGGGCUGAUGAACUGCGUCAUCUACUACACUGUACGUUUUUGUUUUCCUUUACAGUCUCUUCAACCUUGCCCCCGGGGUUGCUAGGCAACAGCCCCUGGGUUGCUUUGGAUUAGUCCCUGUGGCGUUUCCGGCGGAAGAAAGUAGCUUCCAGUGUUCUCACUGGAAGAGACCGCGGUUGUCGACAGUCUUAAAUUGAAGAGAAAGAGGGAGGCAAUUUGUACCGAUAAACAUUAUUUCAGGACUGACGGUGGGCGAUUACUAUUUGGAUUAUUUCAAGAUGAGCUUCCUGUUGCCCAAACUGACCAGCAAAAAAGAAGUCGACCAGGUGAUAAAGAGCACUGCAGAGAAGGUGUUGGUUCUCAGGUUUGGGAGAGAUGAGGAUCCUGUCUGUCUGCAACUAGAUGAUAUUCUUUCUAAGACGUCUUCUAACUUGAGUAAAAUGGCUGCUAUUUAUCUAGUUGAUGUGGACCAAACUCCAGUUUAUACACACUAUUUUGACAUCAGUUAUAUUCCAUCUACUGUGUUUUUCUUCAAUGGGCAACAUAUGAAAGUGGAUUAUGGGUCUCCAGAUCACACUAAGUUUGUGGGAAGUUUCAAAACCAAACAAGACUUCAUAGAUUUGAUUGAAGUAAUUUAUCGAGGAGCAAUGAGGGGAAAACUUAUUGUCCAAAGUCCUAUUGAUCCCAAGAAUAUCCCCAAAUAUGACCUCCUCUAUCAAGACAUUUAGCACAUUAACUACUGUCAAAGUUGGAGAAAGAGGCACAUCACGAGAAAUGGUAUUUGAAUGCAGCUGUGCUGUUUUCCUGGACUCCUUCGGAGACAAGCUCAGCGUCCCAGUGGAGGAGAGGUGUGACUUGUACAGAAAACGCUGGCCCCGAGUAGAAGACCCCGCCGGGGCUGUGAUGAUCCGGGAGGCCUGCGUUUUCUCCCUGCAAACCUCAGCACCCAGGUCAGCCGUGAUCGACUUCCCCCGCGUGAUUUGUUUGACUUUUCUCUGCAUUGUGCUUUUCCUUGUUCCUCAACAUAAUACAGAAUUCUCCUAAACACUGGCUAAUACAA